CACACAAAUACAUAUAUACAAUAAUUAAUAAUGGAUAGUGCUGCUGGAGAGUUCAACGUGAGUGUGACCAAUGAAGAGGUGGUAGCAGCGGUUCUACCAACUCAAGAACACUGGCUACCACUCUCUAACCUCGAUCUACUCCUUCCUCCGGUAGACGUUGGAGUCUUCUUCUGCUACAAGAACAACAACACAAUGGUGAUGAAUAGCUUUGCAUCCAUGGUGGGGUGUUUGAAGAAAUCGCUCUCUCAAGCUCUUGUGUCUUACUAUGCAUUUGCCGGCGAAGUGGUGGCCAACACGGCGGGUGAACCCGAGUUGCUAUGCAACAACCGUGGAGUUGAUUUUGUUGAAGCUGUCGCAGACAUUGAGCUUCAGUGUCUCAAUUUGUUCAAUCCUGAUGUCUCCAUUGAAGGGAAGCUUGUUCCCAAGAAGAAGCGUGGCGUGUUUGUGGUCCAGGCAACAUCACUCAAGUGUGGUGGGAUAGUAGUGGGAUGCACAUUUGAUCAUCGAAUAGCGGAUGCAUAUUCAGCAAACAUGUUCCUUGUAUCAUGGGCCAACAUGGCCCAACCCACCAGGCCCAAGCCCAAACAACCUUGCUUCCGUCGCUCCAUUCUCAGUCCCCGCCGCCCAGGAUUCAUCCACCCCUCCCUCCACAACAUGUACAUCCCCAUCUCCAAGCUCCCACCACCAGCUGCCACCACCACCCCUCUCCUUAGUCGCAUUUACUAUGUCACAGCAAAGCAGCUCCAACACAUGCAGUCACUCGCCACCGACAAUGGCGCCACCAAGCGCACAAAACUCGAGUCAUUCUCCGCGUUCUUGUGGAAGAUGGUUGCUCGUGCAGCUUCAACAGACAUCAAAGGCAAAAAGCAGGUUGUUGCCAAAAUGGGCAUAGUGGUGGAUGGAAGGAAGAGGCUAGCCGAUAGUGGUGGUAGCAGUUGUGAUGGAGAAAAAGAAAAAAAAUCAUUGAUGAAUUCUUAUUUUGGAAAUGUGCUUUCCAUACCCUUUGGUCAAAAACUGGUGGAGGAGCUGGUGGAGAAACCAUUAUGGUGGGUUGCAAAUGUGGUUCAUGAGUUUUUGGAGGUGGCAGUAACAGAGGAGCACUUUCUAGGGCUUAUUGACUGGGUGGAAGCACACCGGCCGGUUCCUGGGUUGGCGAAGAUCUAUUGCCAUGGCGCCGAGGAGGGGCCGGCUUUCGUUAUAUCGUCUGGACAAAGGUUCCCGGAGGAGAAGGUGGAUUUUGGGUGGGGGAAGGCUGUGUUUGGUUCUUAUCAUUUUCCUUGGGGUGGAAAUGCUGGCUAUGUGAUGCCAAUGCCAAGUCCUCUUGUGAAUGGUGAUUGGGUUGUUUACAUGCACCUUGUGAAGGAACAAUUACACACCAUUGAGUCUGAGGCUUCUCAUUUCUUUAUGCCUUUAACUUGGGAGUACCUUAACCAAUGAUAAACACAAGUGGGAGAAGAACAAGGGGUUCUAUAUGUGUGUUGGUUAAGAUCAUUUCAAUAUGUUUCUUUCUUUAUUGCAUAAUCCUUAAACUUCUUUGAGAUGAGAUCAUUAAUCAAAACCAAAUACUUGUGUUCAUAUAUACAUAUAUAUUUACAUUUACUAUGUAAUG